AUGCAUUUUUCAUCGGAACUAUAUAGAGACAUCAAACCGGCACGUGCAACGUCCAGCUCAGCCUUGUCUUCACACCCACUGCGACGCACACGAGUGACCACUCCACUGCUUCAAGUUGCAAGGCAUCCUCUAAGGUCCAUGGAAUCAGAGUCAACUCCUUUGCUAUCAUCUGCGGAAUCCUCCUUAGAUGCACGUGGUGUCAGGUACCUUCUUAUCCAGCACUUCUCAAGUGCCUGGGGAGAUAGAACGGCUGAAUUCGCUCUCUAUCUAUACUUGAUAAUUUCCUUCCAAGAUACCCUACUUCCGUCCUCCAUAUUCGGGUUUGCUAUGACGUUGACGGGAAUCUUAUUUUCGGGAUGGGCGGGGUCUGUCGUUGACCUGAAUCCUAAACUUCCUGUCGUCUGGUGGUCCAUUCUCGCUCAAAAGCUCUCAUGUCUCGGUGCCUACGGUUGUGUGGCUAUGAUGCGCGUCUCCGAUUCUCGUGAAUCCGCGGGCUUCUGGACAGUCUUUGUCACCAUGGUGCUUUUCGGUUGCACCCUGCGCUUCUCGAACACCUGCAUUACGAUUGCUGUUGAACGCGACUGGACUGCGUGCAUCUCGAAUGAAUCUUCGGUCCAACUUGGCCAGCUCAACACGUACCUCAGACAAAUCAACCUUCUCUCCAAACUCCUUGCACCGCUAUUCGUGUCUUUCCUCACUGUGAACUACGACCGUGACGGGGACGGAACCAAUGUCCAUAGCCUUGUCUCUGUCCUUGCACUGAUAGCUCUCACUGUCGUGACUGCUGUUUUUGAGCUGCACUGGAUCCGCAUCGUAUACGAUUCAUUCCCGUCACUGGAGGCUGAGCAACAAAGAAAAAAUGCUGCUUCCGUAAUUGGGAUGCCAUCGCCAUCAUCCUCGCAUGGAUCCCAGUCAUCGACGAUGACACACUCUGCGGCAUGGCAGGAAUUCGUCAGACUUCCUGUAUUUAUUUCCUCGGUCUCUAUCUCUCUGAUAUACCUCACCGUUUUGUCCUUCGAGGGUACCAUGCUCGGAUACCUCAAAACACUUGACUUCCGCGACGACUUUCUGGCCGAAAUGCGUGGUCUCUGUGUUAUCACCGGACUCUUGGGGACAUUCAUCACAGUUCCUUUGGAGCAGAAACUCGGAUCUGCUCGCGCAGGGAGCUGGAGUAUCUGGUCGAUGGUCGUGUGUCUCCUCCCUGUAAUGGCGUCCUUCUAUGUAUUCGGUCCUCGGACGGCUGUCGGUGCCUCCUUGCUCUUCGGAGGCAUGGCCUUGUCGCGAAUCGGGUUAUGGUCCUUCGAUCUGAUUCAGACCAAGCAGCUUCAAGAAGCGCUCAACUCCAAUGCGCGGCGCAAUACAUUGACCGCAAUGCAAUUCACCAUGCAGAACGUUGCAGAUCUACUCAAAUAUAUCUUGACGAUGAUACUAUGGAGACCGUCUCAGUUCCAGUGGGCUGGUCUCGUCUCCUUCCUGAGUGUUUCGUCUGGGGCGAUCGUUUAUCUCGCUUAUUUGAGGAAGGAGCGCGGUCACAUCUUCCACUCACCUCACGAAUGGAUUCGCAAAAUUUUAUGAUGUGCCUGUGAUGCUUCCCGGGACUACUGCGUUACUCGCUUACUGUAUGCCCUGUUCCUGACGCGCUUCAAAUCGGUCCAGUGAUAGCACAUGAUGAUGAGAAUGGGAUGAGAGGGUAUCAUACAGUGUGGUGGUAGGAUAGUUACAGUAUGAGAUGGAAUAAAUAUGCACGGGAAUAAUUGAUGUUGUCACACGUUCUUCUCCGCAUCUUUCCCGCCAAUGCCGUCCUCUGGCACCGCUGCAAGAGUAAUCUGGGAUGUACCUGCGUGACUUGCAACAGCAGUCGACCGGGUCGCAAUCUCAGGCAUACUGAGCACAGACCGGAGACGCAAUCGUGUGCGCUGAACAUGCAGCACGGGGUCCUCCUGGUCAAUCUGAUUUUCAGAUGGAAGGGCAUCUCCGAACAUGCCGCCGAUGACCUCGAGAGGGCUGCCACAUGUCUCGACAUAAAUCCACCAGACGACGAAUCCAGAGAAUACACAAGCACCAGCAAGCACAAAGUAAUAUAUGCCUCCGAAUUUGAUGAGGAGUGGCGGUGUAGCAAUGCCCACAACACCUUCAAAAACCCAGUCCGAAGCAGUAGCGAUCGCCAUGCCCUUAGUCCGCAUCCGGAGAGGAAAGAGCUCAGCGCUAAUUAGCCAAGGCACAGGACCCCAUCUGUUUCUCGUUUAAUGUCACUCGUGAGAAAGAGAGGGAAGACGCACGUUGCACCAAAGAAGAAUAGAUAUAAGCUCACCCCAAAAACAACACCUCGAGCACCGCUCAGAUCAUGAAGUGCGGGCCAUCGCCUUAUGUAGAGUUGCAGGCAUCCUAGAAUGACCAGAGAGCAAGCGAGUGCCAUGCUACCAACGAUGAGAAAACGUCGCCGGCCAACUUUAUCAACAAAAAGAAUGGCAGGAAGCGGCCCAAGACUGUAGAACAGCGAACAGACCCCAGCAUAGAACAAGGAUCGCCGGAUAGGGUAUCCCGCGUGGGCCAGAUGCUCAGGAAGAAAAUGGAGUAUCGCGUUGAUCCCGUUGCUUUGGGCGAACAUCCUUGAGGUGAUAGUUAUUCGUGUGCGCCUAGGAUAGUUCUUGAAGUCCCGCCAAGCACCAAGGCGGCUGCCGCGGGCCGCGUCGUCCAGUUUCAAUGUGGCAACAAUAGCAUGGUAGGUACGAUUGACGCCUUCGUCAGUGACGUCGCCCCCAGCGUGCAGGUCGGCAAGGGUCCACAGGCCUUCUGUGAGGAAUCCUUUUUGAAGAAGCCACCGAGGAGAUUCAGGGAGAAAGAAGGACCCUACAAGAAGCACGAGUGAGACGACGGCUUGCACUGCGAACGGUCCCCGCCAGGCAUGGUCGGCCUUGGAGUCAACGAAGAACGCAUACGCGACCCAGGAUGCAGCCGCAUACCCGGCAUUCAUACAUAGUGCUUCGAGGCCAGUGAGCAUGCCGCGAGACCCAGCUGGGGAUAUUUCGACUUGAUAAACAGCCGACGUCGUGCUAAUCAUCCCCGCAGCAAGACCCUGGAUGGCUCUCCCCGCAACGAGUGUCCUGAAGUCGGGGGCUAUCAUUUGCACACACGCUGCUCCGAGUUCAGUACAGUACGUGCCGAGGCAUUUGACAGUCGCGGUGGCCCUGUACACGCACAUGAGAUGAGAUACAAGACCGCUCCGAUCUGCAUGGCCUGGCGCCGUCCUAGAAAGUCGGAUGCGUAGGGUGAAAGUAGAGAGGACACGACCGCGGCGGAACAAAG